AUGCACUUCCAGCUCGGCCAUGUGCCGCCCAGUGCUGCAUGCACAGAGCUCCUCCGCGAUCCGCUGAGCCCGACGAAGGAAGCCGAAGCUGCCUCCGCCUCGAGCCUUCUGAGGAGGGUUUGGAUGGAGCAGCCGCCGGUCAAGAGAGCGCGUCUCCUUGAGCCGGCUUCCAUGGCAGCAGCAGUGGAGCUUUGGACGCCUGCAAAGAAUUUGGAAAGUUUCGAUGUCAGCCGUGACAAGCUGUUGGGAGAGCUGGCAGCCGGAGGCCCCCUGGCUCCCGAGCUGUUGCCGCGGGUGGGCACCAAGGAGCUUGACAGCGACGACAUGGACCUGGAGAUGUGGCUGUGGACCUGGACAGCCAAUUGCCUGCGACCACCUUUGGAAAAGAGCUGCCUGAGAUGUUGA